AUGGUGGAGUUAUUGAUAGAGAGAGGCGCUGAUGUGGACGCAAAGGGUGGUGAAUACGGUACUGCGCUUCAGCUAGCUUGCCGUAGAGGUGUCAAGGAUAUGGUGGAGUUAUUGAUAGAGAGAGGCGCUGAUGUGGACGCAAAGGGUGGUGAAUACGGUACUGCGCUUCAGCUAGCUUGCCGUAGAGGUGUCAAGGAUAUGGUGGAGUUAUUGAUAGAGAGAGGCGCUGAUGUGAACGCAGAGGGUGGUAGAUACGGCAGUGCACUUCAAGUAGCCUCGUGGCUUGGCCACACGGAAGUUGUGGAAUUGCUGAUAGCAAAUGGGGCCAGACAGGACGAAAGAGGACCUUGA